CUCCAACGGGCCCAAUCCAUUCACAUUGGCACAUCCGCCGCACUCAGCAUAUUUAUCUCGGGGUGACCGAGCACAGACGGACAGAGAGAGCGCAAACAAAAACAAAGAAUUGAAAGGCUAUGAGCCGUUACGAAGGCUUCGGCGUGGUAAUCAACCCCGACGGAACAAUGACCCGCCGCCGCCUGCCGAUCGAUUCCAGAUCCGAACCCUGCCCCGAUCCGACCCAGUCAGUUCCAGUCCUCUCCAAGGACGUUCCCAUCAAUCAAUCCAAAAACACCUCCAUCCGCCUCUUCUUGCCCAAGCAAGCAGCAAUCAAUUCUUCCCCUCCGGCCAAAUUGCCGCUCCUGAUCUACUUCCACGGCGGCGGAUUCGUCCUCUGCAACCCGGCCUCAACCGUCUUCCACGACUACUGCUCAAACGCCGCCCUCCAGCUCCCCGCCGUCGUCGCCUCCGUCGGCUACCGCCUCGCCCCGGAGCACCGCCUCCCCGCCGCCUACGACGACUGCGAGGAGGCCCUGCGCUGGCUUGCUUCCAUCGCCGGCAAAGAGGACCCCUGGCUGAGAGACCACGCCGAUUACGGAAACUGCUUCCUGAUGGGAAACAGCGCCGGCGGAAACAUAGCCUACCACGUCGCCCUCCGCGCCGCCAACGAGAUCGCUGCUGGUCAAUUGAAGAUCCGAGGGGUGAUACUGCACCACGCUUUCUUCGGCGGGGUGGAGAGGACCGGAUCUGAGGAGCGGCUGGCGGUCAACCCCAUGCUGCCGCUGGAGUCGGCGGACAUGGCGUGGGAGAUGUGUUUGCCGGUCGGGGCUGACCGUGACCACGAGUACUGCAACCCGAUGGCCGGCGGCGGGUCGGAGAUGCUGGAGAAGCUGAGGGCCGUCGGAUGCAUAGUGGCGGUGAUCGCCUACGAAGGGGAUCCGCUGGUUGACCGGUCAAAGGAAGUGGUGAGGAUGAUGGAAGAUAAGGGGAUAGACGUGGUGGCCCACUUCGAGAGCGGUGGGUCCCAUGGGCUGGAAAUUAUGGACGCCGAGAAAGGGAAGGAGUUCAACGGCGGCCUGUUGAAGAAAUUUGUGCAGUCUUGUUUGGCUGCUUAAAAGAAUUUUGUUCCCGCUAUUUUUCCUGAAGCAUUUUUUUUUUUUACCAGAGAUAUUCUGGAAUAAUUUCCUGAAGCACAUUGGGACUGAAAUUUGUAGAUUUGGAUUGAACUUACUAAUAAAUGCUUAUUACUUGU